CGUCAAUCACACCUCUCCCACCUCUCUUUCCCUACCGCGCGCCUUCCGAUCCCUUCCGCCCUCCCGUCCCCUCCGCAACGUUCCACAUCUCUGAGGCCUGCAACGUGCCGGCGCUGCGUCCAUCGAGCGCGCCGCGGCGGAGCUCCGCCCGGCGGUCAUGCUCGUCAACGCAUUUGCCGACGACGCCUACAACCGGGUCAGCUACACGCUCGUCUCCCCACUCGUGCGAGGCUGCGGCGACUCGGCCCUGCCGCCGCUGCAUCGCACGGCGUUCGGCGUGGUAGAGGCCGCACUCGAGGCCGUCGACUUCGGCGCCCACGCCGGUGCGCACCCGCGGCUCGGCGUCGUCGACCACAUCGCCUUCCAUCCCUCCCUCCCCCAAUCCCCAUCGGCCAUCCGCAUCGCACCGCCCUCUGAAUCCUCGCUCCUUCUCUCCACGCUUCCUUCCUCGGCGGAGGGCGAGCAUGCGGAGCCAUCGAUAGGGGCUGAAGCGGAGCAGCAGAUGUGGUGGACGCGAGUUCCCCGUUCGCAUCGCGCUGCCAUCCCGAUCCUCGCUCCCCCGGACUGCGAGUAGGGGUCUGAGCGGCGGCGGGCCGGAGUUCGGUCCUACAGGAGCUGAUGGCUCAUGGAUCGAAGUCCUAGCAAUAGCCGAUGCGUAUGCGGAAGGGGACAGAGGGUCCGCGCUGCACUGGCUGCGGUGGGCGUGUGACGAUGCUCUUCGUGCAGUAUUCCCGGCCAACAUCCGCUUGAUGAAAUGCGAUAACUUCAAGGCUCUUGUUGAUCCCUGCAUCGACUGUGAACUCAUGAUCAUCUUGAUUGAUCUGAUCCUGCAGAAGACAAGGGCGUACCACCAUAUUCUGUUUAAUAAGCUUAGCAUGUGGGAUUAUCUGUUGACAAGGACAGAUUUCCAAUCUGCAAUACAAACAUCUCUUGACGUAGCAGUGAUCAGAGGUCUCCUCCGUAUUUCUUCAUUGUCCCUUCUUCUCUCAUGUGAUCCGAUUGCCUGAUGGUUACCAUAUUUUUUCGUCAAGUUUUGAUGGACACGAGGAUCCGUGGCCUAGGGUGAUCUAAAGGAUACUUAAGAAACUGGACAUUGAGGUAAGUUUGAAUCAGUAGAGUCAUCUGGCUGGUGUUAGGCCAAUGAUUUUUAGAGUUAUCAAAAUGUGGUUUACUGCUAUAUUGGUCACAAUGGGAAUGUAAGGUAAUUCUAUCCAACUUACUAUUCUCCAUAUGUGUCAAAAUUAAUUUUUUUCUCUGGAUUAAUAUUGGCAUCACCACUGUUGAAUGUAGCGUGCAAUUACGUAAAGAUGGCGGGCGCUCAAAAUGACUUGUUCGAGUUCAUUAUGCUGGUGGAUUGGCUAUGCUCAAGGUUCUUGACAAGGAGAAACGGCAGGCACAUGUGCGGGUGUUGGAGCUCACUUGGAGAGUCUAAAAUUGCUUCAUAUUUCCAUUCUCACUUGCCACCAGUGCUUUCCAUUAAUUUUCAGGUUUAUUCUUUUUUGUGCUUAAUGGUUUGAUUUCUUACCUAGCAAAGAAGCAACAGAUUGUGCUUCUCCCAUUUCGUUGUUGUAUAAGAUUGUAGGCGCUUCAGUUGCCCUGUACUAAAUGCAUGCGCCAUGUUUUUCCUUGUAUGAAAUUACGUGGCUUUGUGUUGAUUGAAUAAAAGUUCAGUAUUAUGAUGUUGUUCUA